UUGCUAACCGAUUUCUCGUUAGCUCGAAUGGAAAUGUCCGUCUCUGUCUGAUUUUUUAUUUGUUGUCUGAGUGAAUGAGGGCUGCUCAUCAGGAAGUAUCCAGCGGGUGAAAGUUUAUAAACGACUAUUUAACAUUUGGGCCCCGGCCACGUCCUGCUCCGCUCUGUACGACAAAGAACAGGCCGACACUGUCUCUGCAGGCGGGGGUUGCAUGGACCUACAAUGAAAAUGUAUUCAAGGGACACUAUGUACCUGAGUAGGUUAACUACAGAAGAUGGACGGAGACAGCUCGACCACCGACGCCUCCCAGCUGGGCAUCACUGGAGAGUACAUGGCAUCCGGUCACUACGUCCUCCAGUCUCAAGAUGAUGAUGGUGAGGAGAAUCUGAAUGACCAUGACGACAGCGGCAUCAAAGAGAACUUCAGGGAGCAGGACAUCUACCUUCCUAUUGCCAACGUGGCUCGCAUCAUGAAGAAUGCAGUUCCUCAGACUGGAAAGAUUGCGAAAGAUGCCAAGGAGUGCGUGCAGGAGUGUGUGAGCGAGUUCAUCAGCUUCAUCACAUCAGAGGCGAGCGAGCGCUGCCACCAGGAGAAGAGGAAGACCAUCAACGGAGAGGACAUCCUGUUUGCCAUGUCCACGCUGGGCUUCGACAUGUACGUGGAGCCGCUGAAGCUUUACCUGCAGAAGUUCAGAGAGCAGCCCGGCUGUCAACAGACAGAGCAUGAAGCAGCUGGGUUGCCAGAUGUGUUUGGAUUUUCAGCAAAAACAUGGGCUAUGAAGGGGGAGAAGGGGAUUCCCGGAGUGGCGGUUGGAGAAGGCCUGGGAGAUGAGCUCACAGACGAUAGCUUCACAAAUCCACUGCCAGCUGGGAUUAUCACAGCAGAUGGUCAGCAGCAGAACGUCAUGGUGUACACCACCUCAUAUCAACAGAUUCCCACUGUACAACAGAUCCAGUUCUCAUGACGAGGCCUUACCCCGAGCCUGAACGCAGCGGUUCCUUACCAGGCCCACGCUCGCUGGAUAACCUCUGAACCCACAACAGGAUAAAGGUUGUCAGAAGGACAUGGAGGAGGGGUGGCGUCUGCAGAAACCCUCAUGUACAGAGAAAUCACUACUUGUUCAGUAGAAAGUGUAGUUCCUAGUUGUGAGGUACCAAAUGAUUUGGAGCGCAUCCAAACCAGCUGGGAAAUUGAGGCUUUAUUUUAAAGGCUAGUCUUAUUACAUGAUUUAGUGGUUGAAAUCUUUUUGUGCGUGUGUUAAUGUGUUUGCUUUUAUGCAUUUAUUUCUUUUGGGGUGGGUGGGGAGGGAUGGAUAAUGGGAAGUGUUGUAUUGGAUGUUUAUUUUGAACACCUUCUCUGUUUGAAUGGAGAGAAGGCACGUUGUUACAUCAGAUCAUGCAGCUCUUUUGUAAGUUAACACAAUUUACCAUGUGCUUUAAUGUUAUGUAAAUCCUUUGAAUAAAAAUUCAAAAGUGG